CGAGAUAUUGUGAUGAUCUUGGCCGAGUUUCAGAGGCAAUUUCUGGAGAUAUGGAGCAUGAUGGAUUACCUUGAGAUCUUUGAGCCAUGGUUGAAAUUUGAGGACAAAGUGCACAGGGUCAACAAGACUUGGAUGGGGUGCUUCACCAAAGACUCCGCUAUCGCGUUGAGGCUCCACAAGGCUGGUGUACCUGUGUGGUUGAUACAAGAUGUCAGGCUCGUCGAUGAUAAGAUUAACAUCCGCCAAGUCAUUCCCUUCACUCCUGCCGACCUUGUGUUU